AUGUGUGAACAGUGCAUAAAGGAGCAUGCUCACCACACAGCCCUGGGGGAUGCCGGUGCUCAGGAUGAAGGUGGAGGAUGUGUGCUUGCCCAGUCUUACAGUUUGGAAGCAGUUGAUGAGGAAAUCCAAGAGCUCUUGCAGAGACCGAGGUCUCUCGGUGGUUUGGAGAUAGAAGGAACUAUUCAGUGCAGAGGAGAGGGGCAGAAAACAGAGACGGGGGAUAUAAUUUCUUACUCGCUUCGAGCCUCGGGGUGUCCGCACCCAGCAGGAGAGCCCAACUCGACGACAGAGUUCCCAGAAACCUGCCGCUAUUUUGGGGUCGACUCCCAGGACAAGCCCCUGAACAGGAACUACCGGCUUUGGAGGGGGUCUAACUGCUGUCUCUUCCCACUGACAGGAGCCCUCAUCUGGGCACAGCUACUGAUGUGGGCCCUGGCGGUUCCUGGAUCCUGGGGCUCUUUGAAUGAAGAGCAGGAAGAGCUGAUAGUGGAGCUUCACAACUAUUACAGAGGGCAGGUUUCCCCCAGCGCAUCGGCCAUGCUGCCACUGAAAUGGGACAGCAACCUGAAGGUUGUAGCUGAGGGCUACGCAGCUAAAUGUGACUGGAAUCACAACCCGAACUUAGAGGACACCGGAGAGAACCUGUUUGCUUCCACCGGUCCACUUGACCUGAGGAUGGCACUGGAGAAAUGGUUCCUUGAACAUCUUCACUAUGACUACGACAAUAACAGCUGCCCUGAAGAUGAGAUGUGUGGACACUAUACACAGAUGGUAUGGGCAGACACUCACAGAGUAGGCUGUGCCUUGCAUCUCUGUGACACGAUGGAGGGACUGGACUUUGAAGAUGCCUCUUUCCUAGUGUGCAACUACUAUCCAGCGGGAAACUAUGAAGGGGAGAAACCUUACGUGGAAGGUGACAUGUGCUCCAGGUGUCCUGAAAACAUGCAGAAAUGUGAAAAUAACCUCUGCGUGGCCGACACCGAGGACGGGGAUGAGGAGGAAAUAGCUUCUACCACUCCUCUUACCACCACAACCACACCACAACCUCCCAUCCACCCCGAGACCACCACCUCUUCCACCUCCACAAAGGAUGGGGUUGGCCCCGAGAGCCCAGCCACCCUGCCCCCGUUCCUGGGCACCGACCCCCCAGACGUCCCCUACACAAUGUCAGAGAGCCCGGGGAACAAGGAAGAGGAGACAAGGAGGGAAGAUGUGGAGAGAAUGGGAGAAGAGAAAGAGAAUGAGAGCAAGGGGGAAGAGAUAGCAAAGGCUAAUGCUGCUAGUUUAGACACAUUGCCUGUUUUCUUUUCAAUUUUCCUGGCUGGAGCAUUGACUCUAAGGCUGUAAAGA